AUGAACGAAGGAAAACGAGAAGAUCGUGUUCAUUUCAGUAGAAGAAACAGUGCUAAGGUCAAAGAGGAAAUUCACAAACCGAUUAAGAAAAAUGAAAAAAAAAUUACUGAAAAUACGUCAAUUGUUGAAGAUGAAAAAAUUCCUCUCAGCUCAAUUGAUAAAACGAGAAGAAAUGUGCCAUCUGGUGGUAGAAGUCAAACUCGGAGUAAGCUGUUAAAGCCGAAUAUCGUGAAGAUUCGAAACGCAAUUUCAGAGGAGUCAAGAAAAAAUUAUACCUCUGAAAACAGAAAAGAAAAAUUGCAAAAAACAAUUAAUGCUGCCAACAAUUCGAUUAAUGUAAUCAAAGACAAUUCUAUCGAUAAAAGUUCUCGACCAUUACUUAAUAGAAAGAGUUCAAAAUCAAGCUUUCGACAUUCAGAGAUAUCUAAAAAAUCACUUCUACAGCGGAUUCCAUCACUUAAAGAAUCAGAAAUGCCUUCGUCAAAUUUAGACGAAUACAAUUAUAAAGAUGAUUUUGAAGAUUAUGUUGAUGAUUUCGAAGAAGACUCAGAAAGCGAAGAAGAAUCGGAAAAAUUUGAACAAAAUAAUCAGAAUUUUGAGCAGAAAAAUUUGCUGAAUUCUCAAUUUGAGAUAAAUGAGAACACUUCUACCGAACCCGACAAGAAUGAAGAAGAUUUCGAUUCACCAUUAUUACAACGCUUAUUAAACUCUCAGUGGCAUAAAAACGAUACUAAAGUCUCAACGUCUCACAAAGAUUUCAAAUUCCAAAAUCGAGAAAUUGAUCUUACAAAUUUGCCUACAACAGACUGUACAGAAAAUUAUGAAGUGCGACAUCGCUAUCAAAUAUUAACCAAACUAAUUGGAAUGGAAAGAAUACAAUUUGAAUUACUAGAUCAUUAUCCGAUUCGUGAUUAUGACUUCUAUAUGCAAAUGUUUGGCCAUACAAAUAAAUGCCAGGCUCAAACGCAAACACGUGAAGAUGACGUAGAUAUCAAUUCUAAAGGUUGUGGCAUUGAAAAUGAUUGGGAGAGCAACAGAACGAAUGAAAAUUUCACUCUUCAGGAAAUUGAAUUCUUUAAAAUGAAUCCUUCUAAAACAAACAAAUUGCGUCAUUUUGUUACUACUGUUGGUCAGGUUUUGAUUGACUUGACGCAAUCGUCGAAAAGCUCGAUGGAACCGAAACUUGACUAUACUCAUUCUUACCUUAAAUGCAGCGCAGGUUAUAACAAGUUUUCUACUGGCAGUCUUACAAAGUCUUCGAAAGUUACAUGCGCGCUGCAUCGCGAAGAUUUAUUGUUCAUAGCAUUUUACAUUGAAGAGACAGAAGACGAAAGUAUUAUUGGCAAAAGUAUUCUUGUUGAAUUCAAUAUUUGUAUAUCAAAUCACCCAACACGAAUAUUACUCUGUGAAAACGAAAUUCAAUGCCUUUGCAUGGCACCGGAUGGUACGAGUGCUAUAUUUGCUGGCCUGGCAAUUUUACGAUGGCCUGAAAAUAACAAAACAUAUCCGUUAAGGACUCCAGCUUACGACACCUCCUUCAGGGCUUUAAAAAUCCAAGAACUCGACGAGCAAGCCUCAAUUGUAGCAAUUUCAGAAACUUCGAUUGCUGUAAACAAUCCAGAGACAUACCAGAUUGUAACUAUAAACGAAGUUGGUACUGUAAAUAUAUGGACAGUAAUUAAUGAUAAACUAUCAUCAUUAACAGUGGAUGAAGAAGAUCUUGGAUUAAGGCCAGGAGCGCAAUUGAAAUUGAGCCAGACAAUGGUAAUAAGACCAGUGUCAAGUAACUUCUGUACAUUACAAAAAACAACUGUGACUUGUAUGGUUAUGGUGCCAGAAAAUCCAGGACAAUUUAUUACUGGUACUAGUCGUGGAGAUAUUAACACUUUUGUGAGAAGCAAAGCCAUUAAAACACGACAUCGGAAGUGGUUUGCAUGUCAUUUUCAACCUUUGAACCAUCUUUUUUUAUGCAUUCCUACUAUAUUCUAUACAAUACACAAAUAUGGCUUAUUACUAGAAUGGGAUUUAGCAAAAAGUAAAACACCGAAUAUAACUUAUAAUAUGAAUUUGAAAAAUGGACUGGAAAUAGUAGCAGCUACGAUGGGGCUAUAUGCUAAUGAUUCCAAAUUGGAUCUCUUGACAAUCAGUUUCAAUAAUGGCGAAGUUGAAUUGCACAAGUUACUGAAGUCACCAAACACUUCCAACAACCAAAAUAAAAAUUCCUCGCUAUUAAAAGCAAUUGAAAGUAUCAAUAAUUUGUGA